AUGGCUCUUCAAAAGAAUAUUUUUUCCUUUAUUAUUUCUAUUAUUUCUAUAAUUUCGUGUUGUAAUAGUCUUCGUGAUGAUUUACUUGAUAAUUAUCUCCAAGAAGAAUCCGGUUAUGAUUUUCAAGCUUUCCCUUCGUAUUUUAGCCCCAUUGGAGGUGUCAAGCUACAUAAUUCAGCCAAAAUAGAGACUGGAUAUUCUGAUUUCAAGAAGUCUCGAAUACUUGCAGCUUCAGUUAAGACGAUUAAUGUACAGAUCUUUGGAGCUAAAGGUGAUGGAAGAACUGAUGAUAGCAAGGCUUUUCAGAAAGCAUGGGAGGAAGCUUGUUCGUCCUACUCAGCUGUUAACUUUUUGGUACCUCAGGGAAAAAAUUAUCUUCUCAAACCAAUUAAAUUCUCAGGUCCUUGUAAAUCUCAAAUAACAAUUCAGAUUGCUGGAACAUUGGUAGCUUCUGAUGAUCGCUCUGACUACAGUAAAGAUGGGACGCACUGGCUUCUUUUUGACAGUGUCCAAAAUUUAAUUGUUGAAGGUGGUGGUACCAUCAAUGGCAAUGGAAAUGUGUGGUGGAAAAAUUCCUGCAAAAUAAAUAAAGCUACGCCAUGCAAGGAUGCUCCAACGGUCUUAACCUUCUACAAUUGCACGAACCUGGUAGUGAAGAACCUGAAGAUCAAAGAUUCGCCGCAAAUUCAUCUGUCUUUUGAAAAGUGCAUGAAUGUUGAAGCAUCAAAUCUCGAGGUGAAUGCUCCAGAGAGAAGUCCCAAUACUGAUGGAAUCCAUGUUACUGGCACUCAGAACAUUCAAAUUUCCCGGUGUAAUAUAGGAACAGGUGAUGACUGCAUUUCAAUAGUAAGUGGAUCGAAAAAAGUCCUUGCUACAGACAUAAUUUGUGGACCUGGCCAUGGAAUCAGUAUCGGAAGCUUAGGAUCUGGAAAUUCAGAAGAUUAUGUCUCAGAUGUCGUGUUGAAUCGAGCAAAGCUUUCUGGAACGACAAACGGUGUCAGAAUUAAAACCUGGCAGGGUGGAUCUGGAAGUGCAAGUAACAUCAAAUUUCAAAAUGUGGAGAUGCAAAAUGUAAAUAACCCUAUAAUCAUAGACCAAAGCUACUGCGAUCAAUCUAAACCGUGUAAAGAACAGAGUUCAGCUGUGCAAGUAAAAAAUGUUGUGUAUCAAAACAUUAAGGGAACAAGCGCUUCGAAUGUAGCUAUUGAUUUUGACUGCAAAUAUGGGAACUGUUACUCCCCGGUGCUCUUAGACAUAUUGCAUGGAAUUCAAGAAGUUUCUUGCAGUGAUGGCUACUCGAAAAUUUCUAUGAGGUUUUAUGGGUAG